CCCAUUUCCCUCGCCUCGCCCACCACCGGAGACCAGACCAGACCAGGAGAUCAUGCCCGUGCGUGUCCCAGCCGGCAAGGGGAGAGACGCCGCCGCCGGCAGCCUUGGAAAGCUGUCGUGUCCCAGCCGGGUCGCGCUUCGCUUCACAAGGGCCUGGCCUGCGGUCCCUCCCUCCAUCCCUCUCUCUCCACGCCCCCGGAAUCAAACCCCCUUCCCCUCGCGCCUUUUUUUCGCGACCCGGCCAUGAUCCCUCCCCUCCAUCGAAACGACGUGAGCUCGAAGCAAAGCCUCCGGACGGCCCCUUCUCACCGAUCAUCAUCCCGAUCGUUAUAUUUUUAUUAUUGACGGGAUUCUAACUGUAUUGUUUACGGUUGAUCAAAGCUGCGUGUGCAGUGUGCUUAGCUUCUCCUUCUUCUUCCUCCCCUUUCUCGUCCCGAGCUGUCGUCGUCGCUGCGUACUUUGGAUAGCUGGACUUCUUCCCUCCCGCGACCGUUUCUCAAUCCUCCCUCCCGCGAGCUGCCUCGCUCAUUAACUCAUCCCUCCUCUUGAGUCCCUUCGCCGCAACUGUUUACACAGUCGACGCUGCACCAACCAAAUCUUUUCGCUUUCAUAUGUAGAGAGAGACGCAGAGGGAAGGUGUGAGAGGUUGGAACAGAGAGACAGAGAGAAAAGGUGAGAGAUAUUUCCCUCAAUGCACAACUGCUCCAGUAGACAGCAGAGAGGAGAGAGACAAGGCGCUGCCGCAGGUAUACAUACGGGCUGGAGACAGAACAGCCUUGAGCUGAUUUCAUGAGCAAGGGGAGUAGCGCAGAGAGAGGAUCGAGCUAUACUGCAGCGCAUAACAGCAAUUCUUCCACACUAGCUGCUGUAACCAGAAGGUUCUAGAAGCUUCUACCGGGAGCGAGGCGCCAUGGGCAACGUGUGCUUCUGCGGCACCACCUCCACCUCCCCUGAUCAGCCUGAAGCAGCAUCUGCUAAAGCGGCGCCACAAGGAGCCACCAAGAGGCCGUCGACGCCUCCGAGCAGCCAGGGGACCAGCCAAGAGCCGAGCCCGAGGGCGAAGCCAAAGCCGAGGCCCAAGGCUAAGCCCAAGGCCAACCCGUACGACUGGGCGCCGCCGCCGGGGCAGCAGGGGGCGUCCCGCGGCGGCGGCGGGGCGACGGCGGCGCGCGUGCUGGACGGCGUGGUGCCGCACCACCCGCGCCUGCGCGUGACGGACAAGUACCACCUGGGCCGCGAGCUCGGCCGCGGCGAGUUCGGCGUCACGCGGCUCGCCACGGACCGCGCCACGCGGGAGCGGCUGGCGUGCAAGUCCAUCCCGAAGCGGCGCCUCCGCACGGCGGUGGACGUGGCGGACGUCCGGCGCGAGGUGGCCAUCAUGGCGUCGCUGCCCGACCACCCGGCGCUGGUGCGCCUCCGGGCCGCCUACGAGGACGCCGAGGCCGUGCACCUGGUGAUGGAGCUCUGCGACGGCGGGGAGCUGUUCGACCGGAUCGUGGCGCGCGGGAGGUACACGGAGCGCGCCGCGGCGGCGGCGGCGAGGACCGUGGCGGAGGUGGUGCGGGCGUGCCACGCGCACGGGGUGAUGCACCGGGACCUCAAGCCCGAGAACUUCCUGUAUGCCGGCAAGAGCGAGGAAGCGCAGCUCAAGGCAAUCGACUUCGGCCUCUCCGUCUUCUUCAAACCAGGCGAGCGGUUCACGGAGAUCGUGGGCAGCCCGUACUACAUGGCGCCGGAGGUGCUCCGGCGGAACUACGGGCCGGAGGUGGACAUCUGGAGCGCCGGCGUGAUCCUGUACAUCCUCCUCUGCGGCGUGCCGCCCUUCUGGGCGGAGACGGAGCAGGGCGUGGCGCGCGCCAUCCUCCGCGGCAGCCUGGACCUGCAGCGCGAGCCCUGGCCCCGGAUCUCCGAGGGCGCCAAGAGCCUCGUCCGCCAGAUGCUCCAGAUGGACCCCAGGAAGCGCCCCACCGCGCAGCAGGUGCUCGAGCACCCGUGGCUGCAGAACGCGCGGAAGGCGCCGAACGUGCCGCUGGGCGACGUCGUGCGCGCGCGGCUGCAGCAGUUCUCGGCCAUGAACAAGCUGAAGAAGAAGGCGAUGCGGGUGAUCGCGGAGCACCUGUCGGUGGAGGAGGUGGAGGUGAUCCGGGACAUGUUCGCGCUCAUGGACACGGACAAGGACGGCAGGGUGACGCUGCAGGAGCUCAAGGUCGGGCUCAGGAAGGUGGGGUCCAAGCUCGCCGAGCCGGAGAUGGAGCUGCUCAUGGAGGCCGCCGACGUGAACGGCAACGGGUACCUGGACUACGGCGAGUUCGUGGCGAUCACCAUCCACCUGCAGCGGCUCUCCAACGACGGCCACCUCCGCACGGCGUUCCUCUUCUUCGACAAGGACAGCAGCGGCUACAUCGAGCGCGCCGAGCUGGCCGACGCGCUCGCCGACGAGAAUGGCCACACCGACGAGGCCGCGCUCAACAACGUCCUCCGGGAAGUCGACACCGACAAGGACGGGCGGAUCAGCUUCGACGAGUUCGUGGCGAUGAUGAAGGCCGGGACGGACUGGAGGAAGGCGUCGCGGCAGUACUCGAGGGAGCGGUUCAAGACGCUGAGCAACAGCCUCAUGAAGGACGGCUCGCUCGGCAUGGCGCGCUGACGGAUGCCGACGGCGAUUGCUCGGAAACGAUCGAUAGAUGCGAUGCUUGGUUUUUUGGAUGCAUACAGCAUCAAUUUGAUGGUUAUAGGCCUGUCUUUCUGUAUAUUUGUUGAAGGAUAUCUGAAUCUUGAUGGGUAGGGUUGUCACUUGAGUGGAGGUUUUCAGAUCGUUGUCUAUGAACUUUGUGCUCGCUGUAAUUACGUAGUACUAGUACCGUGCAAAGGAAUCGUAGGUACCCCCAGAAUGUCCAUUGCAGAAUUUGUUUCGUGAUGAGGUGGACUCAUUUCAGAAUAACAGCAGACGCUCUAAUUCUGUAACAGUGUUCUUGUACGCAAA